AUGCGCUUCUAUGAGAGUGGCAAGUGGGGAUUUACUCUUCUAUGGGGUUACUAUGGCUCCGUGCUUCCGUUGGCGUUUGUCAUGGCUGUGCCCAAUGCUGUGAUCGCCUUCACUCUGGGGACCUUGCAUGAACAUGACGUGUACGCGCAGGACCAAGAUACCAUCAACACAGCCUGGGGCAUUCUCGGUAUCUUCAGCACCUGCAUGUUCUUCGUGCUGAACUUCAGAAGUACCAUCGCCUAUAACAGGUGGUGGGAAGGAGGCACCCUGCUGCAGCAGACCCGUGGAGAAUGGUUUAAUUGCUUUAGCAGUCUCAUGGCUUUCACAAAUCCGGCUCCAGAGAUGGCACGACAAGUUGAGGAGUUUCAGCACCUGCUUGUCCGCCUGAUGAGCCUGCUCUUUUGCUGCGCGCUGCAGCAAGUCUCUCCUGACAGGGACAGGGCUUUCGAGAUCUUGUCGCCUGCCGGAAUCGAUCCGCAGAGCUUGUCUAUGCUAGCGAAGAGCAAAGACAAGGUAGAAGUUAUUCUGCAAUGGCUCCAGCGAUUAAUCACGUUGAGCAUGCAGAAUAGCAUCAUUGUGGUUGCGCCGCCGGUGGUGACACGUGCAUAUCAAGAGCUGUCUCGUGGGAUCGUGAAUUUGCAGAACGCGAGGAAGAUUGCGGAGUUCCCGUUUCCAUUUCCGCUCGCGCAGGUGAGCAUGGCAAUGCUGUGUGUCCACUGGGCCCUCGUUCCAGUACUUUGCAGCAUGCUUCUCGGAAGAGUUCUUGCUGCUUGCGUUGCCUUCGUGGUCAUUUGCUUCUUGUGGGCACAGAAUUUCAUCGCGCUGCAGCUGGAGUCCCCCUUUGGCCGCGAGCCGAACGACCUGCCCAUGCAUCAGAUGCAAAGUGAUUGGAACACUAGCUUGCGAGCACUGAUGAAUCCGAUAGCCCAGCGGCCUCCCUCGUGGCCUGGCAGCAGCCAGUUGUUUCUUCCCGUUGUCAACGUAUAG